AUGUUCACCGACAAGAUAGCGGCAGCCGUUGACCAGGCUCGCAACGAUGCCGCCAGCGCCAUCGAGCGACACGUGGAGCGAGCCAAGGUCGCAGCCACGGGCGUCGUGGAACAAGCGCGAGGCUCUAUAGCGCUUUCAACAGCACCGGUACCUUGCUCCGUCUGCGGUCGAAGUACGCGCGGCGGUGAUGGUGGCGCCUGCAACGAUGUUGGAGAGAUGACCAGCAAAAUCGAAGCUUCCGAUGAAGCUCCGAAAUGCUACAGCUGCCUUUCGGCAGAGGAGCGAGACAAGGAGCUCCCGCAGACCUUCGCAGUUGGAAGUUCGGUCCCAGAAUUCAGGCACCAUACGUGGGUUGUAGCGAGGCGAAGCAACAUGUAG